GUUUUACUCAAGAACCAGGAAAUGAAACUUGAGUAGAGUGAAACACUCACAUACGGUAUAAUCCUGCAUUCGUCUGUCAGUAUAGCGGCUCAUUUGUCAGAGGUGUAUUCAGCUGCAGUUUGAUCACUAUGGCUUUGAAGGGGUACACCAAGCAGAAGAACAAAACAAAUUCACCAUACUACUUAGAAAACAUUCUUGAGACUAAUGAGCAUCCCGAGGAUCACAGAGAAUAUGUGAUGUUCCAUGGCACCACAAAAGAGGCUACAGAGUUGAUUAAGAAGAAUGGUUUCACACCAUCAACAGAAGAACUUGGGCUUGGUGUGUAUGUAAGUCGAGAUUUCGGAAAAGCAAUGAAAUACCCCCUUGGUGUUUCCAACUCUAAGAGAAGAGUACUAAAAGUCAGAGUGGAUGUAGGGAAGGUGAAGAUCAUAGACCAGCAGGGUCACCCCAUGCAGAAGACCUGGCACACCGAGCAUGGAUAUGACACCGCCUGGGUUCCACCAGGGGCCAGUAUGAUGCUGAGCAAUGAACAGGGGAACUGUGUCUACGACCCAAAGAGAAUCAAAGUCAUGCAGGUCAUGAAAGUAAAAGAAAACAACAUAUCUAGACACCGUCAUCUUCAGAGUGGAGUCAACCCUGAGGACAGCCACGUCUAUGUGAUGUAUCAUGGAACAUCAAAACAGGCUGCAGUAGAAAUACAGAGAAAUGGAUUCAAACCAUCCACAGAUGGCAUGCUUGGUGCGGGUGUCUAUGUCAGUCGAGACAUCAGAAAAGCCAUUAAAUACCCCAUUGGUGCUGAUGACUCAGACAGGAUGGUUCUGAAAGUGAAGGUGGAUGUUGGCAGGGUUAAGAUCAUUGAUGUGCAGGGUCACGACAUGCAAUACAACUGGCAUACUAAGCAUGGGUAUGACACUGCCUGGGUUCCACCUGGUGUUUACAUGGUGCGGAGCAACCAACAGGAGAACUGUGUCUACGACCCAUCGAGAAUCAAAGUCAUGGCAUUGCUGAAAGUGGCCAUCUUGAAAAAGUUAAACCCGUCACUGGAGGUGGAGGUUUGAAGGUGUUCUGCAUUCAAGGAGCAUUACAUUUCAUGUUCAUCUGGAUAAGAGGAUAUAGCAUGCUGUUAUAGCUAGACAUUCAAUAUUGCAUAGGAAGAAGCUAUAUUUUGCAAUAGGUUUACUGAUUAUUGGCAAUCUACGUACUGUAUAUGCAAUCAAUAUAACCAUAUCACAUUUCAAAAAUCUAAUCAAUGAUAUUCACUUUAUGUAAAUGAGGCGUGUAUCAAUGAUCAUAAUUGUUCAAAAUAAUUUUCUUCCUAUAAUAAAUAUCAUGUAAACCUCUAAAAGU